AUGGCUUCCGAGCAGCAGAUGAAGAACCCGCUCCUCGUCGGGCGCGCCAUUCGGGCGCAGCUCGAGAAGGAGAUCCCCACCGACCUCCCGCUCGAGCGCGACUUCCGGGAGGAGACGGACUACACCAUCACCGACCACGUCCAAGGGCUGCAUCAGAGCCUCUGCAAAGACCCCCGCUCGCUCGAGCUCAUCACGUCGCUCGUGUCCCACCUGCACGCAUUCGCGCGCGAGACGCAACUAACGCACGACGAGUGGCUGCGAGCGGUCACCUUCCUCACGCGCGCGGGGAAGGAGAGCACGGAAUACAAGAACGAGUUCGUCCUCCUCAGCGACUGUCUUGGUUUCAGCGCGCUCGUCGACGAGGUCAACCAUCCGAAACCUCCGGGUUGCACGGAUGGAUGCGAGGAGGGGCCGUUCUGGACGAAAGACGCCCCUACUGUGCCCUCAGGCUCGUCACUUGCCAAGAAGGGGACCACAGGAGAGUCCAUGUACUUCGCCGGUACGAUCAAGAACUUGCAGGGAGAAGUCGUCAAAGGCGCAACUGCAACAUCACAGUGGCAAGCGGACGGAGACGGCUUGUAUGACGUCCAGUACCCAAACCGCGAGGAGGCCAACGACCGCGGCACCAUCGUCGCAAACCCCGAUGGGACCUUCAAUUACCGCGGUAUCCUGCCUACUGCGUAUCCCAUCCCCGGUGAUGGACCCAUCGGAGAUCUGUUACACGCUCUGGGACGUCACCCUCACCGUGCAUCGCACAUUCACUUCAACGUCAAAGCUCCCGGAUACGACGAGCUGACUUCGGCGCUGUACCCAUCACACUCGCCCUUCCUCGGCACGGACCCUGUCUUCGCCACCAAGAAGUCGCUCAUCUGUCAGCUCGUCGAGGAGCAAGAUCCGCGACGCUGGGCGGCAAUGGGUUUCGCGGACGGCGAGGUGCAGUCCGGGCGCGUGUGGGUGUGGAAGUACGACUUCGUGCUCCCGACGCUCGGUCAGGUCGAGGAGCUCAAGAAGACUCGGGCGCAGAAGUACAGAGCCGCGGCGAAAAACUGA